UCAGAACCCCGUUUGGAAUCACGGUUUGGGAAUCGCUCUAAGCCUUCUGAUAGCAUCUACGACUUUCUGAGGAUCUUUCUGUGCUAAAAGUCAGGCCUUUCGAGUUCCUUUACUUCUGUGUUUCAACGAUGGGAUGUUCGACCACUAAAGGUGAUGAGGCGCCAACCUCAACGCAAUAUGGUGUGACGAAACCAAUUUCAUUGGCUAGGCCAACUCAAACAGAUCUUCAUAGAACUUUGGAAUUAGAGAAGUUCUUAGAAGAGGCAAAUUUAUAUGAAAGCAAGGAAGAAACAAUAUGGAGAGAGAGAGUCUUAGGGCAACUAGAUCAUAUUGUAAAAAAUUGGGUGAAGCAACUAACAGUUGUGCGAGGAUACACGGAGCAAAUUGUUGAGAAAGCAAAUGCUAUCAUCCUCACAUUUGGUUCUUAUCGGCUGGGGGUCCAUACACCUGGAGCUGAUAUUGAUGCACUGUGUGUUGGCCCCUCCUAUGUUAAUAGAGAGGAGGAUUUUUUCAUUAUUCUGUAUGAAAUUUUGACUACAAUGGAAGAUGUUACUGAGCUUCAAGCCAUACCUGACGCUCAUGUUCCUGUUAUGAAGUUCAAGUUUAAUGGGAUAUCGAUUGACCUUCUGUAUGCAAGCAUAUCGUUGCUUGUAGUUCCGGAAGACUUGGAUAUAUCUAAUGAUUCUGUUCUAUAUAAUGUCGACGAACAAACCGUUCGAAGCCUUAAUGGCUGUAGGGUUGCUGACCAAAUUCUUCAACUUGUACCUAAUGUGGAGAAUUUCCGAACAACUCUGAGAUGCUUAAGACACUGGGCUAAAAUUCGCGAAGUCUAUUCAAAUGUAACUGGAUUUCUUGGUGGCAUUAAUUGGGCUUUACUGGUGGCUCGUGUGUGUCAACUAUACCCAAAUGCUUCACCUAGCAUGUUAGUAUGCCGUUUUUUUAGGGUAUAUACACAAUGGAAAUGGCCGAAUCCUGUGAUGCUAUGUAGAAUUCAAGAUGAUGAACUUGGCUUUCCUGUUUGGGAUCCACGUAAAAACCCUAAGGAUAGAACUCAUCAUAUGCCUAUCAUCACUCCUGCAUAUCCCAGCAUGAAUUCAAGCUACAAUGUAUCCACCAGCACCCUAAGAAUUUUGAACGAACAGUUCCAGUUUGGAAACAAGAUUUGUGAGGAGAUUGAGCUGAACAAUGCCAUAUGGGGUGCAUUAUUUGAACCUUACAAGUUCUUUGAGGCAUAUAAGAAUUUUCUUCAGGUGGACAUGUUCGCCUUAAAUACAGAUGAUCUGCGUAUUUGGAAGGGAUGGGUCGCAUCUCGUUUGAGGCAGCUCACUCUUAAGAUUGAGCAGGACACUUGUGGUAUGUUGCAGUGUCACCCUCAUCCUGUUGAGUAUAAUGAUGCUUCUGUGUGUGGGGCUCACUGUGCAUUUUUCAUGGGAUUGCGAAGAAAACAGGGAGUGAAGGUUGAAGAAGGUCAGCAUUUUGAUAUACGGCUUGUUGUGAAUGAAUUCAAGCAUUUUGUAAACAUGUAUAUGUUCUGGAGGCCGGGCAUGGAGAUUUAUGUCUACCAUGUUCCAAGGAUGAAAAUCCCUUCCUUUGUUUUUCCAGAAGGUUACAGAGGAGUUCAAUCUUCGUAUCCGAGCACCACAGCAAACGCUAAGAAAGUUCAUAAUGAAGAGGAACAUAAUAGAGGAUUUUUACAGAGAAGGUUGAAGAGGAAGAUAGGUUUUUUGGAGGGUUCUGUAGGAUCAAGCCUUGAGAAACGUGUGGCUAUUAGCCCUACUUAGAUAAAGUCAUUUGCCUCAACAUAUGAGCCAUCAAGUGGAUGUUUUUUUAGAAGAAUGAAGAGGAAGAAAGCUUUGCAGAAGAUGUAUGAGUAGUUAAAUACUGAGAAACAUGCUUUUGUCAGCAACACUAAUCAAGCAAAGCUUUAUUCAACUAAGAGCCACAAUCCAUGCUCAAAUCUAAAGAGAGAUGUGCAUUUUUCGGGUAAAGUUAGUGCUCGAAUCUUAUAUCAUAGAAUUUUUAACAUUAUUUUCAACCAAUGUGCUAUACAUUCGAGCACAAAAAGAGUUAUGUUAAACACACGUGCAUUGAUUCAAAAUGAAAUGAAGGUAAAUAAUGAGUUGGGUUCGAUCGCUCACUCUUCCUUGAAGAAAAAGGUCUUUUGAAGCUAAUGCAAAACCAAAGGAAUCAUGGGAGGCCCAAUAUAUGCACCUAAUUUGCCUUUUUCAGAAAAUAGAGGUUUUUUGUAACGACCACAACUCUCACCUAUGAAGAUAAUGCACACUUUGGCUUAAUGUUUUCAGAACAUUACCCAUCCUAUGAAUGCUCUCAUACAACCAUGGCUAACUUCAGAGUUUUUUUUUCUUAUGAGAUUCCCAAUGUUACACCAAAUGAUGACUCGAUGUUUAACAGCACAGCUUCAUUCUACGUUCAGGGGUUUCACAGCUCUAUCUUCACCCACCUUUUUCCAUCUAUUUUCUUAUAUUAAGUUGCUACUAAUGCU